AUGGCCCUCAACAGCGUCUCCCGUCUUGCGAUCCGCCGCACAAUGGCUGCUCAGCCGGCCGUCUCUGCCUCUCUCAAGCGAUCUGCCCUCAACGCCGCCAGGACCUACGCAACUCCCAGCAAGAGUGCGGUAUGCUUAGCCACAGCGUCUUUGUGUAGCCGUGAUGCUCUCUGGAUGAAACCAAGCUAAUCAAUCUCUUAUCUAGUCCCUCAAGGAGACCUUCGCCGCCAGCCUUCCGGAGAAGAUUGAGCAGAUCAAGAAGCUGCGGAAAGAGUACGGCAACAAGGUCAUCGGCGAGGUCACUCUCGACCAGGUCUACGGUGGUGCGCGUGGCAUCAAGUCUCUCGUCUGGGAGGGUUCCGUUCUCGACUCUGAGGAGGGUAUCCGUUUCCGCGGCAAGACUAUCCCAGAAUGCCAGGAGCUUCUCCCCAAGGCUCCAGGCGGCCAAGAGCCAUUGCCAGAAGGUCUCUUCUGGCUCCUCUUGACCGGUGAAGUCCCAACGGAGCAGCAGGUUCGCGACCUCUCUGCUGAGUGGGCUGCCCGCUCCGAUGUCCCAUCCUUCGUCACCGAGCUCAUCGACCGCUGCCCAUCCGACCUCCACCCAAUGGCUCAGUUCUCGCUCGCCGUCACUGCUCUCGAGCACGAGUCCGCCUUCGCCAAGGCCUACGCUAAGGGCAUGAAGAAGACUGAGUACUGGGAGCACACUUUCGAGGACAGCAUGGACCUCAUCGCCAAGCUCCCCACCAUCGCUGCCCGCAUCUACCGCAAUGUCUACAAGGAUGGCAAGGUUGCACCAAUCCAGAAGGACAAGGACUACGGCUACAACUUGGCCAACCAGCUCGGCUUUGCCGAGAACACCGACUUCGUCGAGCUGAUGCGCCUCUACCUCACCAUCCACUCCGACCACGAGGGUGGUAACGUCUCUGCUCACACCACCCACCUGGUCGGCUCCGCCCUGAGCUCGCCAUUCCUCUCGCUUGCUGCCGGUCUGAACGGUCUCGCCGGUCCUCUCCACGGUCUUGCCAACCAGGAGGUGCUCAACUGGCUCCAGGAGAUGAAGAAGAGCGUCGGCUCUGACCUCUCUGACGAGAACAUCUCCAAGUACCUUUGGGACACCCUCAAGGGCGGCCGUGUCGUUCCUGGCUACGGUCACGCUGUGCUCCGCAAGACUGACCCACGCUACGUCUCCCAGCGCGAAUUCGCCCUCAAGCAUCUCCCAGACGACCCAAUGUUCAAGCUUGUCUCGCAAGUCUACAAGAUCGCCCCGGGCGUCCUCACCGAGCACGGCAAGACCAAGAACCCAUACCCGAACGUCGACGCGCACUCCGGUGUACUCCUGCAGUACUACGGUCUCACUGAGCAGAACUUCUACACCGUGCUCUUCGGUGUCAGCAGAGCUCUUGGUGUUCUUCCCCAGCUCAUCAUCGACCGUGCUGUUGGUGCACCAAUCGAGCGACCAAAGUCGUUCAGCACCGAUGCCUGGGCCAAGCUGGUCGGCGCCAAGUUGUGA